AUGUUUUUCCAGCUGUGGCAUCAAAAGCUCACCCAAAAAUCAAGGUGUGUUAAUAUGCAUACUGACUGUAGUGAGUGUACGUAUAAAAUUUGAGAGAGUAGUAUGAAAUUGGUUCUCAGCUUCAGUGUCAUGGUGGCACACAGUGAGGCAGGUUAAGCCUCUAAACAUGUACUACACUGGUUUACUGUUGCGUUUCUGUAAAGUUUGGGCAACUUAGAACUGCAACUAACAUUUCCAGUGGUGGAAGAAGUACUCUGAUACUUUAAAAGAGGCAAUACUACUACUAGGCAAGGUCCAGUCGCCUAUAAUAUAGCACUUAUGGUUACCAUGACCUGGAUGACUGAGAAUCUUCACCGAUAUGUAUCAGGUAAAAGUACUCAGCAUGUGUAUCUGAAGAGGAGCAGAAGCGUCAGAUACAAGUGUAAUAUUCAGGUGUAGUAUUAAGUAUAAUGAAAUCAUUUGAAAAAUAUUCAAGUUAAAUACAGUACUGGCGUAAAUGUACUAAUGUAAAUGUUACUUUCCACCACUGUACAUUUCCCACAAUGUGUUUUUCUGUGCAGUAGGGUUGCAGGGGUAUACCGGUUUCAGGGUACACUGUGAUAUAAAAGUUGUCGGUUAUCAAACCGUGUACAUUUGCUUAUCUACAAUAUAGAAAAAAAAUGCAGCUGGACGUUGAAUCUUCCCUUGAUUUUAAGUAUUUUCUAAGGGGAGACUUUUAACACAAACUUCCGUUAAUAAAAUGGUUUCAAGUUUCAAUUAUAAUAACAAAACAUCAGUUCAACCAACAAUAACCUUUAUGUUUUCAUUCAUUAAAGGGUCAUUCUGACUGAUGAUAAUAAUUCUGUAGCAAGGUGAAACUGGUAUUUUCUGACAGUUAUUGUACCGUGAAAAUCUCAUACCGUUGCAACCCAACUGUCUUAAGUCUAGUCUUAAAUGUGGAGACGGUGUCUGCCUCCCGGACCGUAACAGGAAGAUGAUUCCACAGGAGAGGAGCCUGAUAGCUGAAGGCUCUGGCUCCUGAUCUACUUUUGGAGACUUUAGGGACCACGAGUAACCCUGCGUUCUCAGAGCGCAGUGUUCUGGUGGGAUAAUAAGGCACUAUGAGCUCUCUAAGAUAUGACGGAGCUUGACCAUUUAGAGCUUUAUAAGUUAACAGGAGGAUUUUAAAUGCUGUGAUUCUGUCAUCUCGUGAUGGAGGAAGUGUUCAGAUAUUUUACACCAGUGAAAGUACCACAGUGCAGAAAUACUUUGUUACAAGUAAAAGUCCUGCAAUCAAUAUUUUACUUAAGCCAAAAGUAUAAAAACAGCAUCAAAAUACACUUAAAGUACCAAAGGUAAAAGUACUCAUUAUGCUGAUAUAUAUAUAUUACGGGAUUAAAAUUAUGAUCUACAGCCUCUAAUAACACCUGUUGGAAAUGGAAAAUGAAGUAAGAGGUUCCAAACAAUCUUACAUUUGUAAUUUGGUCCUGCACUUAAAAUCCUACUUAAGUACCAGAGUAUAACCAUCAAAAUAUACUUUUUAAUCCAUAAUAAGAUAUUAUAAUGUAUAUAAUGAUUAAUUAAUAUCCUGUGUUCCUAUGAAUCCACAAAGUAACUAAAGCUGUCAAAUGAAGUGGAGUUUUAAAGAAAAAGUACAUUCAUAGUAUGAAGUAGAAGUAUAGAAUAGCUUAAAAUGGAAAGACCUAAGUAAAUAACAAUUACCUAAAAUAUGAUUGAAAUAUGACUGAAUCAGUACAGUACUUAGUUACUUCCCAACACCGUCUAAAAUUUAAGAUUAUUUGUGGUACAGGAAUAAGUCCUCUGCUGUUGGUUGCAGUUCUGUGUUUGUCCACUAGAUGGUAGUCUAUGACCAGUGCCAGGACUCUCCUGUCUGUCUGUGAUCUCACCUGAAGAGAACUGACUGCUGCUGUUAGGAAAGACUGGAUGUUAUAAUUAACAUCACAGUGACACUCUGAACCCAUGUUACUGUGUGUUAACGUGUUCAUUACAGCUGCAGACGUGUUUUCAGUGAGAAGAUGUUUGAUUCCAGCAGGUGAAGGAUUUCUUGUUUUUACUUCCUCAGCUUGUCAUUAAAUUUCCUUCAGCCAUUAACAAGGUUUUGCGGAGCUUUAACUUGCUGGAACUUGCAGAUGCUCUGCUUUUAUGUUUGGUUUUCUGCUCAUUACCGCUGCAGGCAGUGCUGGUAAUAAGCUGCAGAGAGAGCUGAGCGUGCUGAGCAGAGGAUGCUGGGAAGCGAGGCAUCCUGGAAUUAAACCCAUCUGUCUCUGGACGGCGUGCACAUGACAGUAACACUAUCAGGACGAACUCCGCUCAGUUUCUCAUCUCUGUGUCUCACGGCUGCUGAGGAUGGAUGCUCGGAUCUUCACCCUGCAUGUCCUGACGCUCUGCUGCCUCAUUCACGGCUCCCUGCAGGGUGUGUACCAGCGGCGUCUCUACAAGGAGCUGAUGAGGAACUACAACCCGUUAGAGCGACCGGUCAGCAAUGACUCUCACAGCCUCACCGUCCACUUCAGCUUCAGCCUGCUGCAGAUCAUGGACGUGGAUGAGAAGAAUCAGGUGCUGACCACCAACAUCUGGCUGCAGCUGUACUGGACAGAUUCCUACCUGCAGUGGAACAUGUCUGACUAUCCAGGUGUGACCAACGUCAGAUUCCCAGACAGUCAGAUCUGGAGGCCUGACAUCCUGCUGUACAACAGUGCUGAUGACAGGUUCGAUGCCUCCUUCCACACCAACAUCCUGGUCAACUCCACUGGGUACUGCCAGUACCUGCCACCAGGAAUAUUUAAGAGCACCUGUUACAUCGAUGUCCGCUGGUUUCCGUUUGACGUGCAGCGCUGUGACCUGAAGUUUGGCUCGUGGACGUACGGCGGCUGGUCUUUGGACCUGCAGAUGAUUGAGGCUGAUAUCACUGGAUACAUCGCUAACGGAGAGUGGGACCUUGUGGAGGUUCCUGGACGGAGGAACGAACGUUUCUACGACUGCUGUAAGGAGCCGUACCCUGACGUGACCUUCACCGUGGUGAUGAGGAGGAGGACGCUCUACUACGGACUCAACCUCCUCAUCCCCUGCGUCCUCAUCUCCACCCUCGCUCUGCUCGUCUUCCUGCUGCCCGCUGACUCUGGAGAGAAGAUCUCCCUGGGUAUCACAGUGCUGCUCUCUCUGACAGUCUUCAUGCUGCUGGUGGCUGAGAUCAUGCCGGCGACGUCUGACUCGGUUCCUCUCAUAGCUCAGUACUUUGCAACCACCAUGGUGAUCGUGGGUCUAUCGGUCAUCGCUACAGUCCUGGUUCUUCAGUAUCAUCACCACGACCCCGACGGAGGACACAUGCCACAAUGGACCCGUGUGAUCCUGUUGAACUGGUGCGCCUGGUUCCUGCGGAUGCGGCGUCCCGGCGAGGCAAAGGUCCGCUUGGCGUGCCACAACGCUUCCAAGCAUCAGCGCGGCAGCUUGUCCAGCCUGGAGCUCAGCGUCAGCCAGGGCUCUCUGCGACAUCACCCACAGGUAACCAAUGGCAACCUCCUGUAUGUCGGCUUCCGGGGCAUGGAGGGGUUACACUACGCCUCGCCAUCUGAACCCGAGCUCCUGUGUUCGCGUUUGGUGGGGAGCAGCGUUGGCGGGGAGGAUCCCGGAGGAAGAGGAGUAGCAGCAGCGGGGUCCACCCUGGAGGCGGAGCUGAACCAGAUCCUGGAGGAGGUGAGGUACAUCGCCAGGCGUUUCCGCGGCCAGGAUGAGGAGGAGACGGUGUGCAGCGAGUGGAAGUUCGCUGCAGCGGUGAUCGACCGGCUGUGUCUGGUGGCGUUCUCACUCUUCACCAUCCUCUGCACCAUUGGCAUCCUCAUGUCGGCUCCGAACUUUGUGGAGGCCAUUUCUAAAGAUUUCUUCAGCUGAGGGGGACGAGGAGGAGGAGGAGAGGAGGUGACGGCUGAUAGCAUCUUUAUUUUUAUCCCAUGUGCAGACCCACACCAACACCAUGUUCAUCCAUCUAUCAAAACUGUCUCACUUCCUGUUGGCUCCAACCCCACUGGUUCCUACUGAAGACACCUCACGAACAUAAAGUCAAUGUGUUGCUCUCUCGAGAGCUGUUUACCUUUGUCAAACACAACCACCAGCCUGCCAACACAUUCUCACUCCGACCUUGCCACAUAUCGACAUUUGGUCAUGGACUUUCAGAUACGACAUGAAAGGGACACCAUGUCAAGUUCUGCCUGCUACAUGCAUUGUCUUCUUUCAAAAUACACUUCUGUUUUCAUAGGCAGUUUACUGUUUACAUACAGUCUCUUUAAAAAUAAAUGCACUACGUCGGUACAACAAUGCAAAUUGAUGUUUUUUCCUCCAACAAAUAAUGUACGUGGUUGGGUUUAGGAAAAAGAACAGGGUUUGGCUUUAUAAUCUCACAGGACGCUAAAACCGCUCUCCUGUGAAAGUCUGUGUUUGUUGGACCCAUCCACCACCACUCCCGUCCACCGUGCUCAGACUUUCAUUGCCCUACCUUUCUUCCUUGUCCCCCCUGCGUUUCCCCCUGAUGCCGCUGAGCGCCCUUAAUCUAUUACGGCAACCGGCCACGUAUCAUGCCGACGUUAAAGGCUGGCUUUUUUUUGUCAGUGUCUCCAAGCGCCAGAUUUCGAUGAGCCUGCAGGUUCCAGACCUCUGAAUCGCUGCCCACAUCUCUAAGCUCACUGUAAAGCUGAAAACACAUCGCCACCACAGCGCCAUGGUGCAUCAUAUGAGGCGUGUCAAAUGCUUCCAUUAGCACCGAUAGCACACACAGUUAUUACAACUGUUACCAAAAGAUCUGAACUUCUUCCACCUCUGCAUUAGCUUAAAAUCAUGUGUGGACACUCCCUGAUUAAAUUGUCUUUACAAUGACAGGAUUGUGGGUCGUAACCAUUGGGCCUCAACCGCAAGCCUCUCCUCAUUCAUUCUUUGAUACACAAGAAACAGUAAGAGCAAGAGGUGAGGAGCAGAGAAGAAGAGCUGCUACAGAAGUCAGGAUGUACAAACAGGGAGCGAGAAAUAAUUUUAUUUUUUUUAGUGGUGCUAACAUACUUAUUAAUACUAAAGGGGUCAAAAUGAAGCUGUUUAAUCAACGGGGCGACCUGGAGGGAGAUUGGAUAGUGGCCACCAUGUUUUUACAGCAAUGUCGUCCCACCACAGGGACGGCAGUACCAGCAGUAAUCGUGAAUGAAUGGCACCGCGAGCUAGCAGUUCACCUGACCUGGCAAGUGCGCAGUGCAGAGUGGGAAAGGCCAACGUUAGCUAACCAGUGGAGACCAGAGGUUGAGCAGUGGGCACUUUGUUUUCACACGUCAACGCAGCUAGCUGGCUGACUGUCAGCAAAGCCAACAGAAAAUUAAAUGAAAGGCAAAAUAUUUACAACACAACAGAUUAAAAUGUCGCCACCUCUAAAUGGAUAGCGCUUUGAAAUGUGCUGCUAAAUCUCACUGAGUCAAUGGAGCACUGGACUAAAAGAAGAGGCCAUUUCUUUGUUUGUUUGUUGCUUUUCUUGAAAGCUAACUAGUUAAAAUUAACCGAAACUGACAUCCCAAGUGUAGCUGUAGCUUUUUGUAAGAUUUGGAGCCAUCUACAUAUAUUUUUGAUGGACUAUCCCUUUAAAGGAGAAUCAAAGAGCUUUCAGCAGCAUCUCAUGGUCUUCAUUCAGUGACUGGAACUGGUCCAGGUGUCAGGUGAGAUGUGACAACAGGUGGUUGUAUAUUUAAGCUGCUGUCUGCUGGUCUGGUUUCCUUCUUCAGCAUGAAUAACAUCUUUGUAAAAUGACUGAAAACAGACUGAAGAAGAAAAAGGUCCGUUGACACCAGCAACAACAGGUCAGUAAAUAAUUGUAUAUAAUGUAUAGAAUAAUGAGCUUCGUGAAGAAUCAUGAGAAUGUUUUGAUUUCUUGGCAGCUGUAUCAGGAGCUCGUCUCAAACUGAUGUGAGUUUUUGUUAUUUUUGUCUCUUGGGAACAGAGACAGUUAAUGUAUAUAUAUUCAACAGAAGUUUGGAUGUUUGAAGAAAAGAGGUUCUGUAGCAAAUAAAGACAUUGUAUCAUAUUUUAACCAAAGACGAUCAAAUAUCAUUAAACAAAAUGUGAAGAACUGAAGUAUGAAGACAGAAGCUGCCAAAAUAAAA